AGCUUGCUGAUAGCAAAAUAGCCUUAGCUAGGUAACUCGUAAGGGUGAGGACUAGAUGGUAUACAACUACGAAGAUAAUGUACUUUUCGUAGCAGGUUAGGAUAAUUAGGUUAAGGGUAGGACAAUUGUUAGGUUUAGGGAUAAUUAAAAUGCAGAAAUUCUCCCGAAACGACAUUUUCUUUUUAACAUUUAGACGCUAUUUGCAUCACUUCCGUCCGUAGCAGUAUAGCAUCUAGCCACAACCGCAAGUAAACUACCCAACUUGCUAACUACUUGCUUGAACUGUGUUGUUGACCACAUACACAACUUUCUCUCACCUAUUAGUUAGCUAGCUGCAUACAUAGCCAGCUACAUACCUGCCAAUUAUUAUUUCCCUAAUCAAACAACAAUGUGAUCCCUGCAAUAAGGUAAAUUAUAAAUAAACAUAUUGUAAUGAAACAGCAGGGAGCAGGUCUCGAACACUCGACCUUCUAGCCCGAGGUCCGGCGCGCUAUCGAUUGUUCCGCAAAAGCAUGCUCAUGCGGCAGAAUCGAUUUCCGCGCUUAUAAACCCAGGGUCGUUGCACUACUCCCUCCUUUCAAAGAGCGCGUCCUCGCGCUAGAUUGCGACUCUAAAUCUUACAGGAACGCGCUCACCGGCCAAGCACACGCGCAGUCGUGGAUACAAGGUCCGAUCACUUCGACCUUCUAGCCCGAGGUCCGGCGCGCUAUUGACUGUGCCGCAAAAGCAUGCUCGUGCGGCAGAGUCGAUUUCCGCGCGUAUAAACCCAGGGUCGUUACAAUAUGUUUACAUAAGAUUCAAGAAAUGGCAUGGUGUGUAUUUCCCUCAACCUUUGAUAGCUCAGAUUGAGAUUGCUCUAUUUGUGUAAGAUGCAGGUGUCCUUACCUGUCUCCCCUCUUCUUUUUGUCUGACGAGUCAUUUGGUGUGUUCAGUUGAUGACUGUCAGAAGAAAUGGAAGAACCUGAGGGACACAUUCGUCAGACUCAAGCGGGCUGAAGAGCAGAGGAAAGCCUCUGGGGAGCCGGAUAGUCACAAGAAGAACUGGAUGCACAGCAGGAGAAUGUCCUUCCUCACCGCCUUCAUCCAGGCCAAGAGCUGACAUGAGACACCACACUUUACUUGGAGGAUAGGGGAGAGGAUGAUAAGGAAAUGGAGAGGAACGGGGAAAGUGCCACAGAAGGCGUGGAUGAUAAAUCAGCCUUCAUUAUCCAUGAGAUCAAGGGGGACUAGGAAGACGAUGAGGACGCUCCCUCUCCUGACACUGUAUCGGGAUCCAAUGGGCCCAGCCAGAAGAGGAGGUGGCAGAUGGAUGGGAUGGAUGGAAUGGAGGACAUAGAGGACGAGAUGUUCUUCUUUAGUUUGCUCCCGUAUUUUAGGAAGCUCCCCCAUGGAAAGAAGAGUGCUCUAAAACUGAAAAUACACCAACUUUUACAUGAAGCAGCAUUCCAAUAACCCACUGCCCUGCCACGCCCCCUCCUUUCCUCCUUGUUUUGUAAAGCAUAAGCCUACAUUUUGUCAUGUUACCAACUAUUGUUCUAUACUCAGUUUGAUACUAUGCCUGUUGUUUAUGGAAGGUCAAUUGUUAACAAAUAAAUACUUAAUAUAUUUGAGGGCCUGAAUUGAUUGCUGUGUCUGCAAGCAAUUCUCCCAAAUGCUCCGAAUAAUGAAACACUACACCCUUCCCUCUGGGCAGAUGUGGAAACCAUUGGCAAUGGUGAUGCUACCAGUUAAGCAAGGUUAACCAUUAAUGUAAAUCAUUGGCAAAUCCGGGGAGGGAAGAUCUCACUAGCCAGCUUUGACUCUGUUUUGCAUGCUUUUUUAGAAGAAUCACCAACACAAGUCAGUAUUUGUUUUUAACACAUAAGCAGAGCGGGGUAGUUUUCAAUACUUACCAGGUGGUGGCAGUCUCACUGAUUGUCAUAUAAAAAACGUGUUAUUCCCCCCCAGCCAAUGAGUGUUGUCUCCUAUUUGUUUUCCCUGAGUUGUUUGGGAAGGCACUCUGAACUGGUUUUAUAACAUCCCACAUAUCAGCAGCACUGUAGAUUCAAGGCCCCCAGUUACUUUUUACCAAAGCAGACAUAAACUUUAUCAAGGGCUAAAGGUCCUCUGGUUCACUUAGACACUUAAACCAAAGCAGAAACUCUAGUCUAGCCAUAUUCAUCAUGUCCAUGCAGACACUUAUCUUCUUGACAGGGCUGGUUGCGCUGUCCAGUUCAUACACUAUUCCUCUGUCAUCUCGUGUGCAUGAGGUAUACGGAAACGGUGAAGAUGAUAACCCCUUACUUAACUUGGGAGCAGAAGAAGACUUGGUCGAAGGGGAUAUGCUCAUUCUGCCAGGACGCAAUGCCUUGAUUGACACUAAAUACAGGUGGAAGUUUCCCAUACCCUACAUUCUGUCAGAUGACUUGGAUUUGAAUGCCAAAGGUUGUGUCCAUCAGGCGUUUGAAAUGUAUCGUCUGAAAUCUUGCAUAGACUUCAAGCCCUACGAAGGCGAGAAGACAUACAUCAAGUUUGAAAAGAGAGGCGGGUGUUUCUCCAGCGUUGGGGACCAGCAGAAUGGACAGAUCCUGUCCCUGGGCGAUGGCUGUGACCACAAGGCUGUGAUCGAACACGAGCUCCUCCACGCUCUGGGCUUCUACCAUGAGCAGUCUCGCCAGGACAGAGACGACUAUGUCAAGAUCUGGCUGGACCAGGUCACUCCAGGGCUGGAACAUAAUUUCAACAAAUACGAUGAUUCCUUCAUCACUGACCAGAACACUCCUUACGAUUAUGAGUCUGUCAUGCACUACCGGCCAUACUCCUUUAACGUGGACCCCAACAUUCCCACAAUCACCACCAACAUCCCAGAAUUCAACAACAUCAUUGGCCAGUACCUGGACUUCAGCAAACUGGACAUGCUGAGGUUGAACAGGAUGUAUAACUGCUCCUCCCCUCUCACUCUCCUGGACCAGUGUUCCUUUGAGUACAACAACAUCUGUGGGAUGAUUCAGAGCCCCACUGAUGAUGCAGAUUGGGUCCACACCAAGAGCAGCACUGGGAACGAGGAUCACACUCUCAUUGGCCAAUGCAGAGAUGCAGGUUACUACAUGCACUUCAACACUAAGACCGGGAAGCAGGACGAGUCAGCUCUGUUAGAGUCUCGCAUCCUGUACCCCAAGAGACACCUGCAGUGUCUGCAGUUUUUCUACAAGAUGACAGGCGGACCAAAGGACAGACUUGUGAUUUGGGUGAAGAUGGACGAUGGGACUGGGACAGUUCGCAAACUGAAGAAAAUCCACACCAUCUGGGGAGAUGCCGACCACACAUGGAGGAUUGUCCACGUCUCCAUGGAGAUCGAAGAGAAGUUCCGCUAUGCUUUCCAAGGUGUCCGAGGAGAUCCAUCUACAACCAGUGGAGGAAUCUUCAUUGACGACAUCAGCCUGACUGAGACUCGCUGUCCCAACGCUGUCUGGCAGAUCAAGAACUUCACCGGAAUCCUCAACACUGCAAACAAUACCACCGUCAUGGACAGUCCAGUCUUCUACAGCCCAGAGGGCUAUCGUUAUGGUGUACGUGUGCGUCCCAUCUCUGACUACAGUGACCACACUGGUGGCUACACUGGGAUGUACUUCCACCUGGCCAGCGGGGAGAAUGACGUGGUCAUGCAGUGGCCGGCCCUGAAUAGGCAGGCUAAAAUCGUGGUCAUGGACCAGGAUCCUGACAUUCAAUUGAGGAUGUCGUCUGCUCGCAGUCUGACUACAGACCUGAUUAAGACUCCAGAUGGGAAGCUGUGGUGGGACAAUCCAACCAAUGUGGGGAUCUACGAUCCAGGGUGUGGGUGCUACAGGGGAGAGUCGCGGGGAUGGCGCAACAUGAUCAAGCAUUUCGACUUGCGACGACGGAACUACCUGAAAAACGAUGACCUCAUCAUCUUUAUCGACUUUGAAGACAUAACAUCUCUGAUAAAAACAGAGGUUCCCAUCAACCCAAAGGAGUGAGGACAUAUUUUACUGCCACCGAGGGGAGAACCGGCAGUCCUGAGGAUUUGGACAGACUCAAGAAGAGUACAGAAAAUAACAGCACAAUCUAUGUAAACUAAUGUUGUGAGUAAAUAUAAAUUAUUUUGUAGGAAAUUUGAUUGGUUUGAAAACUUUAUAAAAUGACUAAAAACUCUUGAAAUGUUAUUUGUUUUUACUGUUCAAAUAUUCUUAUUCACAAAUUCUUUCAUUAAAGUUUGAGUCUUCAAAUAAA